UUUGCGAGACUCUUUUUAACUUACUUCGUUCUAUACUGAUUCUCAGCUGUGCUGCUGUUAAAACCUGGACGGGUUUCUCCAACGAAAAUUCUAACGCCUUUGGUUACGAUGCAAUUCACUACUCUCGUUUUAUUUGCUCUUGCCACUGCUGCCUCUGUGCACGGUGCUCCAGUCCAUAAGCGCAUUGCGCAGGUUAUCGCUGACUCAACUACCAAGUGGGAGGCAGCAUGCGAUGCCGCUGGUGGAGGUACCCAAUGCAACCAAGUUGCUGUCGCGUCCUUCGGCACUCUUCUUGCUGCUCCAGGUCCAUGCGAGCAGCAGGAUGCCGCUGACAACAUGAUUGACCUCGCAAAGACUCUCAGUAACAAUGCAGACAUGAUUACACUUGCUCAGAUCUUUGCCCAGCAGCCCCGAAACUCUCCUACAUCACAGAGCGUGCCCUAUUGCCAGUCAGCUCCGCGCAAUGCUGAGCUCAAUGGGCUCUUCCAGUGUCAGUUUCAGGGUGAUAAGCUAACGACCUUUGUCGGUGGUAUUGCCGUUGGUGGUAGCGGGACUAUCCCUUUCGGUAUGAGCGCACCCGUCAAUCCGGCUGGUUCUUGCCCCGCAAACCCCACCGGUCCCAUCGCUGAUGGCACACAACUCGUGGAUCUCACCCAGAAUCCCGGUGUCGGUAGCACAACUGCCUCCAAUAAGACCACUGGUGGAAGCAAUAGCACUUCAACAGUGGCCACUUCUUCCGCCAUACCUUCGUCUGGUUCUUCUUCGGAUUCUGACUGCGGGGAGGAUCCAACCGAAUCCACACCUACUGCUUCGCCCACCAUGGCAGCUUCUAUCGCCGCCGUCGCAUCCGCAACGCCCUCAAGCACUAGUGGAAACUUCAAGCUCGCUAACGGUCAGGACGCUCAGAAGCUCAAUGCGCAGUUUGCUACGCUAACUGCUACCUCUCUCUGCACUGAGGGUACUAAUGCAUGCAUCGAUAGCGCUUUUGCGCAGUGCGUAGGGGGCACGUAUGUGACUCAAUCUUGUGGGUCCGGUCUCAUUUGCGCUGCCCUUCCUCUUGUCAACUCUGCUGGAACGUCGAUCACCUGCACCACAAAUGCUGAUGCUUUAGCUCGCAUUGCUGCCACUGGCGCGCAGGGCGGCCUCACUGGAUGAGGUUCAUUAAUACUUUUUUUUUCGUUGUGUUUUGAAAUAAUAUAGUAUACAAACUGUUACUAUGUAGUGUCAUACUGCUUACAAUAUCUGUAUCAGUAUUGGUGGUGCUAGUCGCUGCAUGAGAUUUGUUGCCCACUGAAGUGUAUGAUCAAUGUACAUUAGUCCCCCUAGCCAGACCAUAUGGAUUUAAGAACAGUUGU